UCACCCCCUGUAAAGCCAACCCUUCUUUCUCCACGGCAUUUAAAUUCCGUCUGGCACACAAUCUUCCUAUACAAGCAAAGAUAUUUGUAUAGACAAUCCAGUACUUCAUAAAAUCAAAAGUGCUCUGUUUUAGCAAUCCCAUGGCUUCCUCUGUUCUCUUGUUCUUCUUCUUCACAAUUUUCUGUACAUAUAUUUCUCUUUCAUGGCAAGAGAUUCUACUCUUACCACUCACCCACUCGCUUUCCAAAACCCAAUUGAACAGUACCCACCACCUCCUUAAAUCCACCACCACCCGCUCCGCCACCAGGUUCCUCCACCAUCGUCACAGCAACCAGAACCGCCAAGUCUCCCUCCCACUCACACCCGGCAGCGAUUACACCCUGUCUUUCUCUCUUGGCUCCCAAACUAUCUCUCUCUACAUGGACACCGGAAGUGACCUCGUUUGGCUACCCUGCCACCCAUUCGAAUGUAUCCUAUGCGAGGGGAAGUACAAUCCCACCACCAUCCCCAACCCCAACCCACUCAACCUGACCUCCGCUUCAUUAGUCACGUGCAAGUCACGUGCCUGCUCUGCUGCUCACUCCUCUCAUUCCUCCUCCGACCUCUGUGCCAUUGUGAAAUGCCCAUUAGAAGAUAUAGAGACCUCCGACUGUAAAUCUUACUCUUGUCCACCUUUCUACUAUGCUUACGCCGAUGGAAGCUUGAUAGCUCGGCUUUACACCGACAGUUUAUCGAUACCCAUGUCGUCGCCGAACCUUGUCCUUCGAAAUUUCACUUUUGGGUGCGCCCAUAGCUCCUUGGCUGAGCCUAUCGGCGUCGCCGGGUUCGGCCGUGGAGUCCUCUCAUUGCCGGCCCAGCUCGCUAGCUUCUCUCCUCAAUUGGGUAACCAAUUCUCUUACUGUUUAGUCUCUCAUUCAUUUGAAACCAACACAGUUCGCCGGCCAAGUCCACUCAUUCUUGGUCGGUACUCGAUGGACAAAGCGAGAGAGAAGCAAUUACGCAACCUUGAAGGUGAGUUUGUUUAUACACCAAUGCUUGAUAAUCCGAAAUACCCUUACUUCUACUGUGUUGGGUUUGAGGGGGUAUCGAUUGGUGGUCGGAGAAUCACCGCGCCGGAGAUUUUGAAGAGGGUUGACGGAAGAGGAAACGGAGGGAUGGUGGUGGACUCCGGGACCACGUUUACUAUGUUGCCUAAUGAAUUUUAUGAACCGGUUGUGGCUGAGUUCAAUCGCCGGGUUGGAACGGUGUAUAAACGGGCGAGUCAGGCUGAGGAUCGAACUGGACUCGGUCCCUGUUAUUAUAUUGAUGACUCGGUUGAUAUGAAGGGAAGGAAUGUGCCUCAGGUUGUGUUGCAUUUUGGGGGAAAUUCUAGUGUGGUAAUGCCUAGGAGGAACUAUUUUUAUGAAUUUGUUGAAGGUGAUGAUCAUGGGAAGAUAAAGAGGAAGGUGGGCUGCAUGAUGUUGAUGAAUGGUGGUGAUUUUGAGAAUUCUGGUGGGCCUGCAGGGUUAUUUGGCAAUUAUCAGCAACAGGGUUUCGAGGUGGUUUAUGAUUUGGAGAAGAGAAGGAUUGGGUUCGCAAGGAGGAAGUGCGCAUCAUUGUGGGAUACUUUGAACCAACGCUAAUAUGACACAAUGUGGCCUUCAUGACAUGGUGUUUGGUUGUGUCUUCAGGUCAAAGGGUUUGAGCUGGGUUGUGAAGUAGUUUGACCGCACGUGUGGGUUUUGUGCAAAUGGGUUCAAAUCUGGGAAUAAGAAGGGUCUAAGGUUGGAUAAAGUUGCUUGAACUCCAUUUUUGGCUUCUAAGUACUCCAUUUCCAAGUGUACAUGUUAUUGUUUAUAUUACAUAAGCUGAUAAUAAUGUGGAGUAUAAGAAGCAAGAAAUGGAGGGCAAAUAGAG